UGCCCAUAUAUGGGAUCCCAGCACUCCAGAGGCUAACACAGAAGGAUGUAAAUUUUAAGGCUAGCCUGGGGUAUGUAAGAAGGCCCUAUUUCAGAACAGCCACCCAGCCAAACCCUUAUAAACCAUGCAUGUAAUUGUGACUGCAAAAUGUUUACUUGCAGAGCUGUACCCAAGAUGAGAAAAAUUUCUCCUCUCACUGCCACCAUCACCUUUGUUUCUCACCCCUCCCCCUUCUUUGGCUUCUCCCUCCUUUGCUUUGCUUUGCUUCUUUUUCGGGCUGAAGAAUAGAGAGGGAGGCCGGCCCAGGCUGGAGAGGAAAUCAAGUAUGUCAUAGCAGGGGAGGAGGGUCUACGGGACUGCUAGUUUUAAAGAGGAAAACUCAAAUUAAGCACCAAAGCACACGGCAAGAGAGAGGAAGAACAAAUACAUUCCUCGGUGGAGCUGAGCCCUCAGACCAGUGAGGCAGGCAGGCACUGAAGCUUGCCUUGGCCCUACCUCAGUGGCUGUAGACUCAAGUUUAGCUGCUAACUACUUUGAUUUCUUGGAUCUCCGAGUUGGAGCAGCAUAAAAGGUCAAUAUGGCCAUGACAGAGAAGUCAUGUUGUAUCAAACCAACUGAGGAUUGCAGCAAUUUUCCCGAAAUUAUUGAACUUAAUGUAGGUGGCCAGGUAUAUAUAACUCGCUAUCCUACUUUGAUUAGCAUUCCUGGUUCCAGGCUUUGGGAAAUGUUCAGUGUAAAGAACCCUUGCUCUCUGAUCCAGGACAACAAAGGGAGAUUCUUCAUAGAUCGAGAUGGUUUUCUCUUUCGUUAUGUCCUAGACUACAUGAGAGACCUGCAAGUAGUGCUUCCGGAUCACUUUCCAGAGUGGGGCCGGCUCCGUAGAGAAGCAGAAUACUUUAAGUUGCCAGAACUGGCCAAGAUGUUGGCUGCUAAAAUGAACAAGCUCAGCUCAGUUGGCAAUGACUCAUGUCAGUUUGAUCUAGAAGAGCUUUCACCCAGCAUUGACACCACAUUUAAUUUCUCUUCAACAAAUAGCAUCCAUGUUAGUGGCCCUGAUAAUCCCAUGAUUCUGACAACUACCACUGGUUCUGAGCUCAAGAAGGCCGGCUUCAUCACUAUUGGCUAUCGAGGCUCCUAUACUCUGGGCAGGGACAGCCAAACAGAUGCCAAAUUCCGCCGUGUGGCCAGAAUCAUGGUGUGUGGUAAGAUCUCAUUAGCCAAAGAGGUGUUUGGAGACACUCUGAAUGAGAGCAGAGACCCCGACCGCCCUCCUGAGCGAUAUACUUCUCGAUACUACCUCAAAUUCAAUUUUCUGGAGCAAGCCUUCGACAAACUAGCUGACGCUGGCUUCCACAUGGUAGCAUGCAACUCUACUGGCACCUGCACUGUCACACAUGACCAAACAGAUGACAGGAUCUGGACAUCUUACACUGAAUAUGUUUUCUAUCGUGACACUUAAAAAUCACCCAAGAAAUACAAACCCCCAAACAGUGUUCCUCCUUUGUUCCCAUGUCAACUGUAUCCUUUAGAAAUAGACACAUUAACCACUCUAGGCUCUUGAGUGUUAUCUAUAAUUUUGAACAAUGCUACUACUCUCAUAACCAUUUGAACCUUUGUUGGUUUUGUUCUUACACAUCAUUCCUGUCUAUCUCUCUACUGACCUUUGGACUGUGGAGUAGAUGCCAUUUGAGUAAAGGUGUACAUCAGUAUAGAUAGUAGAGGUAUAUUUCUGGAGUGAAUGCAAUUAAAUAUAACCACGAAAUUAAAUGUGUUGAGAAAUAUCAAGCCAUGGCUUCCACGUUGUUUCUUAGUAACACACAUUGAACUUCAUUAUGUCCCUUGCUAUUUGCAUCCACCUACAUAAAACUCUGUAUUGCUGAACUAGAGAUUAUAGUAGGAAGUGUGAAUGUGCUUUGCAAAUGUUUCACCAUGCCAAAUGGAAGAAGUUGACAACAGUUCUCUAGGAGAUUCAUAGAAAGGUCAACCGAAAAUUUUCCAAAAUUUUUAAGGACUUUUGAUAGAAACUAGGCAAUCAAUUGUAUGACUAUUAUUUCUAAGAAUAAAAAGCUUAGCACUCAAUUUGCUUUUGCAUGAAAAAGAUAGUAAGGACAUGUAUCAUAGCUAUUACUUCAGUCAUAAGCAGUUGCGCCAUUAAAAACUGUCAUGAAUAUCUUUUAUUAGAAUUAAAUGCAACCAUAAGUAGAGAAGAGAAUGAUGAGCAAAUUUGCUUUGUGUAAGUAUAUGUGUGUUAAUUUAGUUUGACUAGUCAAAUAAUUGACUGUACCUAUCAAUUGUUCCAAUAUUUAUGUUUUUUUGGACAGGGUGUGAGUGUGUUUUGUUUUUCUGGAAGGAAAACAAGAAAACAAUUUUAAAAAACCCUGAAAUUCAUCAUCUGACUCCCUAAACAGGUCGAAAGCGAGUAUUCAUUCUCAAAUGAAAACAUUGCGGAUCUAAGAUAAUUGACUGAAUUAUAGAAGACUGUCACACAAGUGAAGAAAAAGAAUUUGUUAGUGCUCAUUUUAGAGGAUCUUUAUCACCUCUAAGAAAAGUAUUAUAGUAAUCAAAUAGUCUGAUAGCUUUGUCUUUCCUUUAUUUUAUACCACAAACCUUUAUUGUUCUCAUCGUCUUUUAAUCCAUUUUUUAGUCAGGUCUUUUUAGGUUGCAAAGAACUAAAACCCACAUAAAGUGGCUUGAGAAAAAAAAAUGUGCAUGUGUCAGUGGUGUGGUUGUGUGAGCAUUUUAAGCUUACAAUUAUUUUUUUUCAACUGGUUCUAAAGGAAAUGUAGACAAAGUUUCAGAGGGUCUAGAGAGCUUUCAAUAAUUGGUAUUCUCUCUUGUCUCUCAAAUGCCAUAUGAUUUUUAUCUGAUCACCUCUAGAGCUAAUUAAUUCCAUAUUUCUCCAUGCAGUUCACGUUCUUUCCCACAAUUUAUAGAUAGCCUAAACAGUAUGUCAGCUAAUUUUCAGCCAUCUUCUCCAUACUUCACUUAUUUUGUAGUUAAACCCAUUUUCCAACUCCAAAUUAAUUAUGGUCUAGGACAGAAAGGCUGAGUGGUGGUAGCUCUAUGGCUUGGACAUUUAUUCACACUACUACAUGUAUGAUCACACAGUAGAAACACAAUCUUACACUGUCUUUCAGUAUAGCACUUCUGAUACCCUCUGGUCACUAACUGCUUUAAAGGUCAGUUGAACAUAGAAGAUGCAACACAUUUUAGAUGUUUUUUUUAAAAAAAAAAAGUUCCCCCAAAGUUCAUUUAUGUGCUGUUCUCAUAGUCGUUAUCAUUUUCAUACUCUACGUAUACCAGUUUAGUCUUUAUAUUAGCUCAUUUUUACGUAGGUCCUAGCCUUAGCCCCUCUGGCAUAUUUGUAGUAUUACUCAGGUCUCUUGCACCAUGUGCCCUGUAGGGAAGAGGUCAGCCUUUGUGUGAUGUAGUGAAUAUCUUGCAUAGUUGCAAAAGUUAAGAAGAUGUGCUCUGGUGACUGGUCAUGUGAUGCACUUGUCUACAGUUGGAUCUUCUAGAAAUAGAGCCAACUUUUUAUGUUUCUUUUUUUUUUUUUUUUAUCAGUUACAUUUUACUAACUCUGUAUCCCAGCCGUGUCCCGAUCCCUCAUUCCCUCCCAGUCCCUCCCUCCCUCCCUCAUCUCCUCCCUGCCCCUUUCCAAGUCCACUGAUAGGGGGGACCUCCUCCCCAAUCAUCUGAUCCUGUUUUAUCAGGUAUCUUCAGGACUAGCUGCAAAGCCAACUUUUUAAACCGAGGAUUUGUACUACCACUUACAGCUACUUUUAUUCUGUCACCAAUUGACAUAUUCUUGGUUUAAAAUUAUUUCUGAAACACUAUCAUUUGCUCUUCAAAUUACUAUUCUUUCACUCAGAUAUAAUUUAAUAGAAAAAAUAAUGGGAAAAAGGAUGAAAUCUCUCAGAUUUGUUGGUGUUAAGAGCUAAAAAACUGUUAACAUAGAAAAAUUCAUCGGCCAAAUAAGAUGUAGCUAACAACUAUAUGGCUCAGUCGCCUUGAGUUUUUAGUGAAAGAGAUGUUUAUAAAUAAUUGUAUUUAUAGUUGUAAGUAUCUUGUUGGCAAAAGAAGAAUCUGACUCUGACUGAUUUUUGUAGAAAAUAAACGUAAUUGGUUAAAAAAAUUCUGAAAGGUCAGAGAACCACAUCUGAUGUCAAACAGACAUGAACAAUAUACAGAAUUAUGUUUACACUGUAGUGAUAAUCUGCUAUGAUUCUUGAGUAUUUGCGUUCCCCAGCUAGCACUAUCUACAUCAAUGCAAUAUUAUAAAAGUAUGGCAGUCUCUGUAACUGUUGUCUCUAUUUUUUUCUACCAACACCCACUCUCCAUCAUCAGAAUGAAGUUCAGGCAAACUCUACUUCAUCCUGUAAACAGUUUGUCAUUCAAGUAGUGUGAGCCCUGCAACAUGGCCACCUAAACAAGUUCAACACAAUGACAAUAUCAGUUGUCAUGCCAGAGUUGACUGGGGAAAUAUCAACAAGGUCACCACUAGAUGAAGAACAACAACAAUUAAUGGCUGCUAAGAGAGGCAGAAUCAGUCUUAGUCAGGGUCAGGCUGCUGAGAGGUUAUCCGAUCCUAAGUAGUCAACACACAUACAUAUGACUUAUACUAAAUGGACAGCAGGUUUUAUUUCCUUGUACACAUGUGUAUGUAAAUAAAUAUAUGUAACAAUUAUAAUUAAAGAAAACAUGAAUUUUUGAGAGGGAGUUGGGAAGAUGCAGUAGAAGUUGUGGGGAAAGGGAGGGCUGGAAAUGAUGUAAAUACAGUACUCAUGUAUGAAAUCUCAAAAAAAUAAAAAUCUGAAUAAUAAAAAAUAUAUAUAAA